CUUCAUGUUCUUCACUCAGAUAUCCAGAACACAGAUCCUACUGUACCACUCACACGCGAACGAUGCCACCACGACCAAGAUCAGGCCUCCAGAAAGAGGUCCUCUCCCUCUACAGACGUGGCCUCCAGAACGUCUCCUCGAAACCGGACGAGACGCGCGAGAACUUUUUGCUGCACCUCCGGUAUUCGUUCAGGCAUCCGAGGUUGACGGUACGAGAUCACGCGGCCAUCGAACACCAGAUUCGCCGCUUCACAAGAACCCUAGAUAUGCUCGAAGAACCCUCGGUACGGCAGAUGAGCGUGAGCGGGGAGAUGAUCGAUUGGUGGCGAGAUCAAGUACGGACGGCCAGGGAGAAGCAACAGGCGCAGGGGCAACCGGCUGGCGGAGAAACAGGAACGGGGUAGUAAGGGCGGGGCAGAAGGUCUGUCAGUAGGUUGAGGAUAGGGACCGAGGGUGUGGAGGCAGAGAGGCAGGGAUGGCAAGACUUGGGAUGGUCUGGGAAAGCGAUAUUAUACACGACUUACUGAACUACAAUGAUAACGACAAAU